CGGCUGGAAUCGGCGCAGACACUCGCGUAUUUUCCCAUCAGCUGACACUUGUGCCCAAGUGGAAAGUCUCGGCGUGGUGGGCGACGAAGGAAAGGGGUGCGAGAAUGCUCAUGGUGCGCACGCACCGCUGAAUGAACGCGCUUUUGAGCCUUCAGUAUCACCGUCGGGGUUCUUCGAUGCGGUACACCGGCUUGAUCCACCUGACGAACGGGAUGGAUUGACGAACGAUCACUCGUAAAUAUAAACGUCCUUUACGUGGAUACGCGCGCGCACAAAUCGUCUUCGAUAAUUUUGCGACAAUAAUGUCGACAAUUGACGAAUCGAUCAAGCCGCGCGCAAAUAAAUGACAGGUACCGAUCGACAAGAGACAAUCAAGAUUCGUCGAAUAUGCGGAUACGCACUGUCAAGUUCCCGGACGCAACGUGAUAAACUCUGUCGUUUGUUACUGUCAGUGACAAUGACUUUCAUAAAACGAUCGUAAAUUCAAAGCUUUGCGCUUUCUAUUAACUGAUUAAAAAGAAAGGGAAAAAUAUACUGAUUACGAAUGAUAUUGUGCCUCUGAAGUGUAUGAUAAAUGCGAAGCGCAUUUUAGUAAUGGAUGGAAAGAAAUCUUGCAGAAAGGCUGUCAUUCGCAGUUGUUGAACGCGCGUUUUAUAGAAAGUGUUUAAAAGUUUAAGUAAUAUUAUUCGUCUAAAAACACAACGAUAAGUAUUGAUAAUACAUAAAAAUUAUUAUUUUAAAAUGUUAUACAAUUAAUGCGGUAAAGUGGGGGAAGAAUUAAAAUAAAGAAAGCGUUAAAGAUUUAAAAUAAUUCCAAGAAGGUUCAACUAAUUUGCAAAAUCUACGUAAAGAUAAAGCAGAUCUCUAUAGAUCUAAUUAAUGUAACGUAGAUUUCCAAGCGCUUACUGAAUAAGAUAUCUGAGAAUCCCCUGACAAAGUGAUCUGGAGAUACAACCAUUUUGCGUUUAUUCCAGCUUUAAAGGCAAUCUUAUUAGAUCGACGGACAAUAAGUUUUAACAGAAGUAUUUGGGAUAUAAAAAAGUGCGCCGCAAAUAAAGGAGUAAAAUGUAAUCAAGUUAGUAUUUGAAAGUUAUUAAUGUCGAUUGCACUGAUUAAACAACGAACUGUAUGAGACUUCCAAUCAAGCACCACAAAUUCGUAUCAAUUACGUGCACAUUUUUCCAAUAACGAGCAAUCAAGUUAAGCCAUAAUGAUAGUUACUCGCCAGUUCAUUGUGCGUCACGUCGGAGGAAAUUGGUAACAGCUCAUAAAAUCGAUUUAACGUGCUGUUUGGAGGAAACGAACGGAGAGAUAACGAUUGAACACAAAGCCCCGGGAGUGUCCGUACGAUCGCUAAAGACAAACCUUUACAAAUAUGAAUAGCCCAAACCUGGAGCAUUUGUACAAUUGCACCGCAUCGGUUCUGGAUCUCAAUGUUACAAUGCUACUGAAGCUAAAUUUUAGCGAGAUCCGUUAUUUUAUCGAGGAGACGUUAAACAAGUCAACCAGACGUGAUAUUAUUCAGCAGGCGCUCCGCGACUGUAUUCUCGGCAAUCAGGAACGGCCGUUCGAUUUGCCAUGGUGGCAGAAGCUCUUCUGGUCUUCGAUAUACGCGGUGAUCGUGCUGGUCGCAACUGGUGGCAAUAUUAUCGUUAUGUGGAUCGUACUUGCUCAUCGGCGAAUGCGUACCGUAACUAAUUACUUCUUGGUAAAUCUUUCCGUUGCGGAUCUUAUGAUGUCAUUGCUCAACUGCGCCUUCAACUUUAUCUUCCUCCUUAACUCUAAUUGGCCCUUCGGAAUGGUGUAUUGCACCAUCAACAACUUCGUAGCACACGUGACUGUCGCUUCCAGCGUUUUUACUCUCGUCGUAAUUUCAUUUGACAGGUACAUGGCCAUUAUGUAUCCUCUUAAACAUCAUAUGUCUCGCAAGAGGACAGUGAUUACUUUAAUUUUAAUCUGGGGCAUUUCAUCCGCACUAGCAACCCCGUGCCUCUUAUAUUCCACAACAUCAUUGCGCAGAUAUUCCGAUGGAACAAGAGUUGCUUGUUACCUAUCGUGGCCUGACGGUGACUAUUUACGUAGUAAAACGGAAUAUUG